AUGGCAUCGGCUGCGCUGGGAUACCUGAACAGCAAGAACACGGUCCCGCUGUGGGAGCUGAUCUGGUUCUCCAUUGUUGCGAAUCUCUCCAUUGUCUCCAUGAAUCUCAGCCUCAUGCUCAACACCGUCGGAUUCUACCAGAUUGCCAAGUUGAGCAUCAUUCCAGUGGUCUGCUUCUUCGAAGCUCUCCUCCAUUCAAAGGCCUACUCGCGCGAGGUCAAGUUCUCCGUGGCAGUGGUCAUGGUGGGAGUGGGUGUGUGCACCGUCACCGACAUCAACAUGAACGCCUUUGGCUUCGUCGCCGCUACCGUCGCCGUCAUCAGCACGUCUCUGCAGCAAAUCUUCAUCGGGUCGCUGCAGACCAAGUACAGCAUCGGCUCCUUCGACCUGCUCAGCCAGACGGCUCCCAUUCAGGCGGCACUGCUCCUGCUGCUCGGCCCCGUUAUUGACUACUUCCUUAUCUCGCAAUCCAUUUUGAAAUACCAGCUCACAUGGGGCUCUGCGAUUUUCAUCGGCCUCUCGUGCUUCUUCGCAGUCUUCUGCAAUCUCAGCCAGUACCUCUGCAUUGGAAAGUUCUCAGCGACGUCCUUCCAGGUCCUGGGUCACAUGAAAACGGUCCUGGUUCUCGCCAUGGGCUUCCUCGUAUUCAGCUCUCCGAUCACCAUGAAGAACGUGAUGGGUAUGCUGAUGGCUGUGUUGGGAAUGGUUCUAUACAGCUGGGCUGUUGAGAAGGGCAAGAAGGAGAAGGAAGCAAGGGACAAGCUUCAGAGAUCUCCUAUGGUGUCUGCUGCUCUUCCAACCAAAAUGCCAGAUGAGGGGAUGGAGAAUGGUGAAAAGUUGGCACUGCUGUCUAGCAACGAUGAUGUUGAAGCUGGAAGGCAAGGCUAA